CACGCGCAGAACAGCCAAUAGGAACGAAUAUUAAUCUAGUUUUCUCUCAAACCACUUGAAUUACAAUAUGCUGAAAGAUUAUGAUGGAAGUUUUGCCCAGCGACGCCACAAGUGAAGUGCCUACCACUGCUUUAAAAAAAAGAAAGAAACAAAAUUUUGACCCAAUAUGGCGGAGGGUUUCACCCUGCUUCUUCUGUCUGGGAUGCUUAUGUGUGGACUGCUUCUCCACACGAUGUCACAGCAUGGAGCCGAUGUUGACAAGCCCAGUAAGAAGCCCAAUUUCAUCAUCAUACUGGCAGAUGACAUAGGCUGGGGUGACCUGGAUGCUAACCAGCCUGAAGAGAAGGCAAACAACACACCUUACCUCAACCUGUUGGCAGAGCAAGGACAAAGAUUGACAGACUUCCAUUCUCCUGCCUCAACCUGCUCCCCAUCCCGUGCUGCCAUCCUGACCGGCCGUUAUGGCCUGAGAAACGGCGUCACUCAUAACUUUGCUGUAGGCUCUCUGGGCGGUCUGCCUCUGUCUGAAGUCACCUUGCCCCAGCUCCUACAGAAGGCGGGAUAUUACACCGCCAUGAUCGGGAAAUGGCAUCUCGGCCACAAUGGGCCGUACGCUCCAACUAACAGAGGUUUUGACUACUACCUAGGUAUUCCUUACAGUAAUGACAUGGGCUGUACUGACUUACCUGGAUAUAAUCUGCCACAGUGCCCUGCCUGUGACUCAUCUGGACCUCAAGUGACCAGAUUGAAGAGACGUGCACAUGGAGGCUGUUAUUCCAAAGUGGGCCUCCCUCUGAUUGAAAACAGCAGUAUUGUGGAGCAGCCGCUCGACCUGUGGACACUAGCAGAGCAAUACAAAUCCACUGCAACCAGGAUUAUACACAACGCGAGGGAGAGAGGACAGCCCUAUCUCCUCUACAUGGCAUUGGCUCACAUGCAUGUUCCUCUGGCCCCUCCACGCCCCCCAGAAGUCUCUGCUUCUGGCCGUCACCCAGAUGACGACGAAGUGUACACUGCCAGUCUGCGAGAGAUGGACAGCCUGGUGGGGGCGGUAAAGAGCGCCUCUGAUGACACAGACAAAGACAAUACUCUCAUCUGGUUCACUGGUGACAACGGCCCUUGGGAACAGAAGUGCCAGUUUGCAGGAAAUGUAGGACCUUUCAUGGGAAAGUGGCAAACCAGCAGAGGUGGAGGCUCAGCUAAACAGACCACCUGGGAGGGAGGUCACAGGGUCCCAACUGUGGCUUAUUGGCCUGGGAGGAUCCCUGCAAACACCAGCAGCUCAUCCCUGCUCAGUGGUAUGGACAUUUUUCCAACCCUUCUGUCCCUGGCAGGGGUGACUCCCCCCUCAGACCGACGUUACGAUGGCAUUGACGCCACAAAUAUCCUCCUGCAUGGGGAACAGACUGGUCAUGAGUUUCUGUUCCACCCCAACAGUGGUGCUGCGGGGACGUUUGGCGACCUACAAACAGUUCGAACAGGGAAACACAAAGCUUUCUACAUCACAGGUUCAGCUGAGGCGUGUGGUGGUGCAACAGGAAGGCAGCAGCUCCACGACCCGCCGUUAAUAUUUGAUCUGGAGCGCGACGAGGCUGAGCUAACACCCCUGGACAUAGAGACACCUGAAUACCAGACAGUAGUGGAGAAGAUCAACCGCAGGAGGGAGACGUUGUUGUGGGACAUUGCCACCGACAAGUCAGUGUCCACAGCAGACUAUAGGACAGACGCAUCAGCAGCGCCCUGCUGUGACCCCCGGCAGGCUGUUUGCCGUUGCCACACGCAGCACUAAGGGGUGGCAAGAUCACACACACAAAAACACACACAUGAUAAGCUGAAAGAGAGCACACAGAUGUAAACAAACCUAUAUGGAGAUGUGCUCAGCUGUUAUGUAUGUGAAUAUGUUUUUUAGAGAGGUCCAGAUAUAGCAGGGCAUGUUCAAACAAGCAUAAAUAAAAGAGAUGCAGGCUUCUGCUGGACUUUGGCCAGAAUUGGGAGGUCAAUAAUCUAGGGACAACAACAUCUAUCAGACAGCAAAGACAAAUAUACAAUUUAUGAAUUGGUUGCAGUUUAGUUUGUUAGUAAAUAUUUGCUGAUGUUCAAAACCUAGCGUUAUUAUUAGUAUUAUUGUGUUGGAUAUUUGAUGAAGAAAACUACAUGACAGAAGUUGAAUUACAUCUCAGCUUUAUUGAGUCUCUGAUUGAACAGCUCAAUGCAGCAUGUGGGUGUCCUAACAGCGCCACCUUUUGGCAAAUGAAAUGUUAUUACCAUGUUACUUAUUACAACAGUCCCAUAUAUAAAUGUUAUAUAUACAUUAUACACAAAGUAAAAAUCCUCAAUAUAAUCUAUAUAUGUACGCGUGGUAAGUGUAUGCGUUGAUGUCUAAUACUUAAAACAAUUAAUAAUUAAUACAUCAUAGUAGAAAUGACUGACUUGCAUGUUAAUGUGCUGUAUUCAGCAUCAUGUAGUAAAAUAGGAAAGAUCUUCAGGAUAGCACUGAGAUUGAAGGACCUGUAACUUUGUCGUGGACAGCGUCACCAUCAAGCUUUUUCACAGUUAGCUAUUGACCGCUCCUCCCACAGAGCCCACUCCUCCACAAACAUUAUCAGGUUACAUUUAGGCUCAUCUAUCGCUACCAGAAUUAGUAUGACAGCUGCAUCUGCAAGUCAUAUAAUACUUACUUCAUGUAACAUGAUUUAAAUAGUGUAUUACACUUAAAUCCUUUUCCUUCUUGAGUGAAUGACUGCUCCUCUUUACUGAGGUGUGACACAUUUAAUGCCCAUUGAUAAACCCCCAGAUUCCAGAGGCCUGAUUGACAAAAAAA